AUGGACAGUCGGGCCCCCAUCGACGACCCCCCAGGCUACGUGCCCUUCUACUGGCUGGGCCUCGGCGGCAUGCUGUUCAACACCAUUGUUUUUCUGUUCCUGACGGGCUACUGCCGUGUCUACCGUACGCACAAGCACAUGCGCAUCGUGGAGGCCGAGGAGAAUCGACGAGUUCCGGAAAUCUACCUGAUCGAGACGCGCAGCUCGCAGUGCGGCUCCCGCGUCACCACGCACCACCUCACGAGGGAC